AUGCCAUAUUUAAGCCCAACCAGACUAAGAGAAAUCAAGCAUAGUAUAAUGGGCGAUGCUUUUUCCAAAGUGAAAUUUAUUUCAGAUUGUAAAACGAAAAAGCUUCAAGGUACUGAUUUACUUGAUGAGUUGCUAACAUUAUUAUUAAACAACCACAUUCAAAUUAUUACUGGAACUAUUAGCGAUGACUCAAUUGUGCCCUCAAGAGAUGAUAUAUUGGAAAUUUUUAUUGGUUUAUUCAAUUUGGAAAUAAAUGUUUAUCCAAUAGACACAUCCACAUAUUUGCUAAAGUUGAUUUUUUUAUUAAUAACUGGGAGGCUCAAAGUUGGGUCAGCAGUAGAUUUGGAAUUCACUUACAAAUAUUUUUGCUGUAUCAACACUGGCUUACAAUAUUCAGUUCCUAAAGCUCUAUUACAGCAGCACGAAGCUGACGAAAGUAUUGAGAACAAAAAACCUUAUAUUACAGACCAAUUUAUAGAAUUCAGCGCCGAUCUUUUGGAAAAAAUUUACAUCAACACACAGGACACAAUAACCAAUGCCACCGAUGAACGUCCUACUUUAAUUUACAAAUGUGUUUCGGAAAUAUUGGAUAUUUUAAUGAAGUUAACUUAUCAAAGAUCAAUCAACAGGGAAAAUAAAUUUUUUACUAUAAUUCCCUUAAUAUUAAAUAUGUUUUAUGAGAAAUAUAGAUAUGCGUUGGAUUUUAAAGUUUUAUACAUUAACCACUUACUACCAUCCAAUAUCAAGACUCCGAAUCUAAAAGUUUUACAAUUUUUAAAUCCAUAUGAAAUCGAAAUUUUAACAAAAACGAUGAUUUUGCUGUCGAAUAAAACAACUAAAAAUGAGGCAAGUUUUAUGGAUAUCGAUGAGUACUCUCGCCUCAAGGUGUUUGUCAAAAUAUUUACCAAAGCAAUCGACAAUUUAGAAUUAAAAUGCGCUGCAAUCAAAUACUUAUUGACUAGUGCAGAGUAUGAUGGCGAUUUUAGCGAAUUAUAUCUUUUAAUUUAUCAGCACCAAGAAGUAGUUGACAAUUUACCUUGGUGGUUUGAUGUUUUAGAUAUUCUUUUAAUUUCGUUUAGAAACGAUACCAUUAUGCUGGAUCAAUUUUCGCAAGGUAUACUUAAUAAUUUUUUAAUGCCUUAUUUUGAAGAAAGAUUUUUUAGUUUAUUACAAUAUAGACAGCACACUAUGGCAUCAUAUCACGAGUUGGCACAGUUGUUUGAGUUACUGAGUUUAUUGUGUUCUUAUAAUGCUGACUACAAGUUUACUCUAUUGGAUUUUAAAUUUCCAUUCUAUAAUGCAGAAGAACUAUUGCAAAAAAAUAAAAAAACCAAAAAGAGACUUAGACUAUCUUCUGCCUGCACCGAAUCAAACGGUGGCAAAGAGCUUCAAAAAAACCAGAAAAAUAAAACUUUAUUAGAUAGAAUUAAUAAAAUUUAUCAAGACGCUGAUUCAAAUUAUAGGGGUACUAUUGGUGAUAGAGAUGAUACUGUAAAAGAUGGGGUUGUUACCGGAAGUCAUUUGGUGGAAAUUAUUAGGAAUGGUAUCAAUGGUCAUGUUGAAAAUUUAAAAAAGGCGUUACAAUUGCCAGUAUAUGAUACUGACGAAGCAUACCCAUGUUUAAUAACAUCAGAGCUAACAAAGUCGAUGUUAAUUUUAACCAAAUCAUUAACACGAAGCGCUUCAUCACUAAGGAAAUAUUUUAAAAGCAAAGUUAUAGCAAAUACCUUUUUAAAUUUGGUAUCUAGCGAAAUUGAUCUAAUUUUUUAUUUCAAGAAUAGCACAUUGCAAAAAAAAUUGUUGAAAAGUGAAGUGGAAAUCUUGGCAUUUGCAUUAGGCAUUAUAUCGAAUUUUUCUUUAGAGUUUUCGCCUCUGCAGCCCUUUAUAUUUUCUAAUGGAAGUAUUUUCAUUGGUUCACUUAAUAAAAUAUUUGAUCUUUUCCAAGACCCGAAUGUUUUUUAUUUCAACCCCGAUGUGAUCUUAAAUAAUUUGUGGGUUUUAAGAAAUAGAACCUUUGAAUCGUCUGUUGAAGUCAGAGUGGAGUUAUUGAGUCAAAUUUCUUUAGAAAAAAUUUUGAAAUAUACUAUUGAUCCAAACUGGAAAAUUCAAGAACAGUGUUUCUAUUUAUUGGCCAAUUUAACAUGCAGUUCACGUAAAUUAAUAAAUAUGCUUUUGAAAUGCUUUUUAACUGAAACAAUUAAAGAUUGCCAAAGCGAUGUUACUGAAUCAUGUUAUUUGUUUGAAUUUUUGGCAAGCAAGAUGAAAAAAUUAAAUGUCAACAAUGAGGUACAAUUCAGAAUUUUGCUAUCCAUAUUAUAUAUUCUAGCAAACAUUUCAGCAAUUAACGAGCACAAGAGACAAAUGAUUGUGGAGAAUGAUGAUUUAAUGAAUUGUAUUAAAGAUAUUUUAUCUAGAAAUAUUUCUGGAUACACUUACAAAGCUUUAAAUUUAGCUUGUUUACGUAUUUUGAGUAAUUUAGUAUGGAGCUCGCAUCAAACCCCUGGUCACUCAUAUAACAACACUUAUAUUAAUAGAAAUGAAGAAGAGGAGAACGAAGAAGAGGAGAAUGAAAAAGAAAAUGGGAACCUAAGCCAUGGUGGGUAUAUUUUUUCAACAACUAACCCAGCCCGGUUUAAUAAAAAUUUGAAGUCGCGCAAUAAUACAGAUACGGAGGAUCUAAAGGAUAGAAGUAGCAUUUUAGUUGAGAUGGGGUUUCAACCAAUAAUAGAUAAGUAUCUAAAGAGCAAAGACAACCAUAUUUUUGAGGCUGCUAAGUUUAUUCAGGCAAAAUUGAUUAUUCCAUCGAAUGGAAAUGUGUCCAUUUAA